UCUCCGUAUGUGGACGGAGGAAAAUUCAGUGAGAUGAGCCAGAAAAUGGCCAAGGAGGGCCCCCGCCUCUCCAAAAACCAGAAGUUCUCAGAGCACUUCAGCAUCCACUGCUGCCCCCCGUUCACCUUCCUCAACUCCAAGCGCGAGAUCGUGGACCGCAAGUACAGCCUCUGCAAGAGCGGCUGCUUCUACCAGAAGAAGGAGGAGGACUGGAUCUGCUGCGCCUGCCAGAAGACCAGAUUGAAGCGAAGAAGCAAGCCGGCCCCCAGAAGGAAGUAACAGAGCCAUUUCUAGUGCAUGGAUGGCUUCAGCCUUGGGUCUCCCCGCAUCGCAGCCCAUCUGCUCCUGGAAGAGUCAUCUGGCUUCGAGAAUGAGGCAGGAACCGACACCUGCUGAUGCGGCCCACCAUACCCAUGGCCUGGAAACCUCAGGGCAGCCUGCCUGGAGCACCACGCAGAUACCACCUCCUCAUCUCCUGCUAUAAUUGCGAAUAAGAAAUCUGCUGUCAAUCGUCUUGUCUGUCUAUUGACUGAAGUUGCUUCAAUACUGAAGAUUUAUGUGCCAAAAAAAAAAAAAAAAACCCAAACUAAAACAAAAAACCAAAAGCAAAAACCAAACAAAUUAAUGCGCCACCACCCAUCAAAAGUGGCAAAAUAAAGAAAAAGAAAAGAAUGUUCAAGUGUUGGCAAGGAUUGUGAGAAGAAAUACUCCUGAAUUAUUGAUGAGAAUUUCUAGAUAAUAACCUUGGGUUCUAACAGGGGGGGAGGGAAUACUAGCAGAGUAGAAGAUGAUAUAACCUCUAAUCACGCCAUUAUGGUCUCAACAAUUGAUCCUCGAGAAACUUACUCUUUUAGAUUAUGAGUAUCUAUCUACCUAUCUGCCUAUCUGUCUAUCGAUCCAUCCGUCUAUCUAUCUUUCUGUAUUCAAUGUGUUAUGUCUUGCCAUUGUAAAAAGGGAGGGAAAGGAAGGCAGAAAGCAAUGAACAUGAAAAGCAGGUAGAUAGUGGGUGUUCAAUACAAUGCAAGUCCCCUGUAUAUAAAUCUUAGCAACCCACCACCAUAUUCUGUGGAGUUGUGCUCACAGCUGGAAAUCUCACACUGUCUCUGUCAUGUUUUAGAAAUUUUUCUUUAAAAAAAAAAUGACAACGCAAUAAAAGAAUAUCCACCCCCCCCCCAAAAAAAGUGUAUCCCCUUUGGAACUCAAAAAGAUGAGCCGUGAUGUGUGCUUUAAAGAAAUAACUGGCACUAAAAGCUACCUAGGGGCUGGGCACUGGGCUG